AUGGAUAUGGAGAAUUUUUUGCUGUGUUUAACUGGGAUAGAUUAUAUUUUCUUUUUUUUUUUAUCUUAUAAAGAGAAUGAUUUGGCUAUUGUUCAACGUACUACUUAUGGAAUAAUUCAAAACUUUUUCUAUUAUUCAUUAUAUCCAUUUGAAGAAUGGAAUAAAAAAAUAGUAAAUUUUAAUUUUAUUGAUGUUUUAUUUAUUCCAUAUAAACAAUUGGCUAUAUUUGAAUUGAAUGAAUGUGAUAAAAUAUUAUUACGAGUAUAUGAAUAUAAGUUAAAUAAAAUAAUUCAAUUAACUAAUCAAUUAUAUUUUUCUGAAAUAAUUCUUGAAAAAAAUAAUUGUUCAUCAACAUAUUUUCAUCUUUAUUUUAAUAUGUUAUCAAAUAUGCUUUAUUUAAUUGGAAAACAAUAUAUCUAUGCAUCAAAUAAUUAUGGUGUUAAACUAAUUCGAAUAUGGACCGAUAAUAUUUCAUCGAAUGAUUCAAUAAUUCUUGAUCCUAUUAUGUUUUCUGAUACUGGUCAUUUAGCUUUUAUCUAUCAAUUACAUAAUGAUUCUUCAUGUUGUUAUUAUUUUGCUAUUUUUUCAAAAGCAGGUCAGCAAUUGGAAAGUCUGUAUUAUGGAUGGCGUACUCAAACAUUUCGAUCACCUGUCCUUAUGAAUGAACCAUUCUUUUUUGAUUCAACUGGUAGCUUCUAUUUCAAUGCUUCACCACCUUUAUUAGUUAUACAAGCUACAGAACAAUCACUUGUUGCAACACCACAUCUCUUAGUUAAUAAUAUUUUGGGUCCAUUUUUUGUAAAAGAAACUGAUAUGAAUCGAUUCUUUGUUUUUUGUUCAUUAUCAAUAUGGGAUAAUCGAUUUGAAUUAAUUGGUUCAACACUUCGAUUUGACAAAAUUGGACUAUUUUUUAUAAUAAAUAUAAAUACUUCAUUUUCACAAUUUGCUUUUUGUUUACAAACUUCUCGUUUGGACAAUAAUCCAAUUCAAACAUUGCGACAAUGUCAAUUGACUAUUCAAUUAUUUGAAAAGACUAGAAAAAUUCAUUUAUAUCUAUCUGGAUGUGUAUUUAAUAAUGAAGAUCAAAAUUCUACAAUAAUCACUUCGAAAUUUCCAAAUAUAUUUAUUGAUCAUAUUUUUAAUGAUACAUUUGCAGCUGGUAGAAUUUUUCAAGAAAUGAAAUUUAAUUAUACAUAUGUUAAUCAAUGGAAUAUAAUCAAUAUACAAAAAGUCGAGCAAAUAUUAGAUCGAUGUUUAUUAAAAAAUAUUGAUUCAAAUUAUCAUCGUCCAUCAUUGAUCUACAUUCGACCAGCAAUAAUUUAUCCAAUAGCUAACGGUGAUCAACUUGUCACGCAAAAUUUCCACUUUUUAACACAUAAUGAUUAUGUACUACAUGAAAAUAAAAUUGAUAAUAAUCUAUAUUUAAUUACUUCAUUAUUUGAUAAUAGAAAAUCAAUAAUACAUCAAGAAUUUAUUCGUAGUCAAUUAUCUUGUUAUUUACCUUCGAGACGAACAAUAACUUUUAUAACGAAAUGUUUAACAAAUACUAUAAUUCGACCUAAGUUUGAAAUAAAUUUCGAUUUAUCUAAAUUGAUUCCAAUUGAUCCACCAAUAAAUUUUCAAUUUAAUCGAUAUCAAGCUGGAUUUAAUUCAGUUAUUGUUUAUAAUAUUGAUAAUGAAAAAAAUUUGAUCUGUGAUGGAUUUAAAAAUUGUUCUUGUAUUUCAUCAUUGAUUUCUCAUUAUUCAAUGUAUUGUGCUGAACAAUUUUAUACCAUGGAUUCAACAAUAAAUAAUCGUAUUUAUAUGAAACUAUGGAUGGAAAAUGAAAUUUUGUAUUUACCAAAUAAUAAAAGUAUUUUUCUAAUUGAAGAAUUAUCGAAUCGUAAUGAUUAUAAAUUAAUUGAAAAUUUAUGGACGAAUGAAAUGAAAGAGAAAAUAGUUGAUUUAUUUUUAAAAGAUUUUAAUCAUUUAACAGUUAAUGAAAUUCAUAUAUUUGAAUUAUUAAAUAAAUCAUUAUCAAAUGGAAAUUAUAUUUUUCUUGGACCAAAUCUUAAAAUAGAAUUAAUGGAUGAAGGUCUUUAUCAUUUUCGUUUAACUUAUUUAUGGGGUGAUCAAUUUUGUUUAACAAGUAUUGAUCUUUUGAUAAUGAUGAUUAGUAAUACAUCGACUUUAACUAGUUAUACAUUUACUUAUUUUCUUGCUUGUAUAUUUAUAUUAAUCUUAAUGAUUAUUCUAUGGAUAAUAUAUGUAAUAUUUUAUGAAAAAAUUUAUAAAAAAUAUUGGAAAUAUUUUUUUCAAUUAAAAAAAGAAACGUUUUUUGUACGAAAAUCUAUUAAUGAUAAUAUUAAUUUUGAAAUGUUAGUUAAAAUUCGUGAACAAUCACAGAAAUUAUUACCUUAUAAACAUAUUAUAUCCAAAGUGGAUAAAUUUUGA